UGAAGAUAUCUUAGAAAUCAAUCCAUUAUAUUGCAAGAACAUCAAGCUUAACACUUGCUUAAAUCCCACUUAAUUGCCUCACCCUCUUUCACUCUCUCUCUCUCUCUGUGAAUACAUCUCCUCUGCUUCUCUUAUUCUAUCUUCAAACUCAAGCAUAAUAAUAUUUGUAUCUAUCUAGCAAACUCCCUUUCAGUUUCAUUUUCGUGUUCGAGAAUGGGACGGCAUUCUUGCUGUGUGAAGCAGAAGCUGAGAAAAGGUCUUUGGUCACCCGAAGAAGAUGAGAAGCUCUUCAACCAUAUUAUUAGAUUUGGUGUUGGCUGCUGGAGUUCUGUUCCUAAACAAGCAGGAUUGCAGAGAUGUGGCAAGAGUUGUAGAUUGAGGUGGAUUAAUUACUUGAGGCCAGACCUCAAGAGAGGAACAUUCUCUCAAGAAGAAGAGGAUUUGAUUGUUGGUCUGCAUGAAAUUCUAGGCAACAGAUGGUCUCAGAUUGCAGCUCAGUUGCCAGGAAGAACAGAUAAUGAGAUCAAGAACUUCUGGAACUCAAGUCUGAAGAAGAAGCUCAAACAGAAGGGUAUAGACCCAAGCACACACAAACCAUUGAAUGAGAUUGAAGCACAACAAACAGAGAAAUCGAAUUCAACUCAGACUGUGGACCAUUUUCCUGCAAACAAACCAGUCUUCAAUCCAUUCCCUUUGUUUGAAUUCCAAACAGCAGCUAUAGAUUCUUUGGAAACUAACAUGAACCUCUACAGCCAACUCCAGCACAACUUCAGGCCUUUGGAACAGAACCAUGGAUUGGCGACAAACACAGAUUUCUUCGAUCUUAUUCAGCUGCCGAAUUCUGGGUUUUGUGACUAUAACAAUGUUUUUGAUGUCUCGGAGAGUUAUGGCACUGGAGAAAGUUCAAGCAACAGCAGUAACUGGAAUUGCAAUGCAGGUGGAAUCAAUACUGAGGCACUGAAUUGGGCUUCUGAGAGUAAACUUGAAUCAUUCAUUCAGAUGCAAAUUGGAGGACAUGAACAUCAUCAUCAUCAACAUCAGCAGCAGCAGCAGCAACAACAACAACAACAACAACAGCAACAGCACCGGAAUUCAGAACUCUCUGACGGAUGUUUCGGUGUCGGUCGCAGAGAAUUCAACACGGAUUAUCUUUGAGUUCAUGACACUCAGCUUGCUUAAUUCCUUCCUCUCUUUCUCUCCACCUCAGACAUAGCCUUUGUUUGUUCAUUUGUGGGAAUAUUAGAUAGAGGCGGCUGUUUUGUCUCUAUUUCUCUUCUUAUAUGAUCAUUAGGAUUUCUUUUGAGGUAUAGAGGAAGGCAUGCAUGAAUAAUGUUUUCAAUGAGGUGUGUGCUUGUGAUUACUGAUUACAAUACAUUUCUGAAUCUGAGUGGGUUUGCUCAAAUUGCAUCAUCUCUUUCUUUGUUUUCAAUGUCUUGUUCUUUUGCUGAAGUGAAGUAAAAGGCUGGAUGGGAAUGU